CUAUAGCAAGUUCAUAUCACUUAUUCCACCUUCUAAAGGAUUGUAUAUCUAUAUAAACACAUCCCACUUGGUAUUCACCACCACAAAAACUCAAAGACUUUCUACACAGUUCACACAAAACAUUACUACAGCAUUCAAAAGCUAUUUAAUACUUCCUCCACAUCAGAAAGAAAUAUGGCAAUCGGUAUGGGGCGCAUUCUCCGUGGGAAGCAAGGAGGCCUCAGAAGGUCUUCCUCAAGAACAAACAGAGAAAAUGAGGUUCCUAAGGGUCACUUUGCAGUUUAUGUAGGUGAGGGCGAGAAGAAACGCUUUGUCCUUCCAAUAGCAUACUUGAAGGACCAUUCAUUCCAAGACUUACUAUGUCAAGCUGAAGAAGAAUUUGGAUUUGAUCAUCCAAUGGGUGGGCUUACAAUUCCUUGUCCAGAAGAUACCUUCCUCGACAUCAUCUCUAGCAUGAGUAGUAGAUCCUGAUACACUUCACAUAUCUUAGUUCCUAGGCAUCAAAACAAUUUUGUAGAGAAGCUUAUUCUUGUACAAUGUUCUAAUUUUUUUUUCCUUCCUCGUCAGAUUGGGAAGUAUAUAAAACUAAUUUCUUUCAUCAACUAUUCUGAGUCUGUUUAACCCGUGUUACUCAUUAUCCCGAAUGAUUAAAGUGAUAGACUGAUA